AUGUCUCCCGGCCGGGACGGUUCAGAGAAUGAGUCCGGAGAGGGAGGACUGGUCCCCGGUUUAGUGGAGAGAAUUAGUCCGGGUAUGGACCCAGACCCGGGUUCGGAAGAGCGCGCCCAGCCGAGCUCAGAGUCCCGGCUACCGGACAGUCCCUUCGAGUACUCCCCGCUCCCGGUCCCCCACCACAGUCGCAUCAAUCCCCAGCCCCCACACAGAACACCAUUCAGCGCGAGGCUUUCACACCAGAUCUAUGGCAUUCUGACAAUGAACAAGCACGCUCAGUUUUUGGAACGGAUGCAUUGUGUCCAGUUGAAAUGCACACCUCGAG